CGCGAGGAUGUCGCCCCACGGUGCCGCGUCGAAAGCGUGGCACGGUUUGCACCCGAUGCUCAGGGCAGGUCUUACGUCGGGAACCAUCAUGGCCGGCGGGGAUCUCCUGUGCCAGACCAUCCAGAUGCAGUACCAGCCAGCCGUCGCCGGGACGGCGGAGAACGAAAAAGUGGAGAAGCCGAAGAAGUGCGAGGAGCGCUCUGCUCCCGCCUCCACCUCCGGGGCGCACUGGAUGUCGGCGGCGGUCCGCGAGAAGCUUGGACUUGCUGAUUAUGAUCUCGUGCGAACCGCCAGGUUCUUCGGCGUGGGUCUGACGCUGCACGGGCCGUUCUUCAACAAGACCCUGGGGAUAUUGGAGAAGGUGGUCGGUCCCGCCACCACCGUGCAGGCCGCAGCGAAGAAGGUUGCGCUGGGUCACUUCUUCCUGUUCCCGUCGUACACGGCGCUGUUCUACGGUUGGCUCUCCGUGUUCGAGGGAAAGGGGCUCGAGGGUGGCGUGCAGAAGUUCACGGAUACCUGGUGGGACAUCUUCGUGGCGGGGUCGGCGUUCUGGCCCGCGGCGAACAUGGUGAACUUCAUGUACUGUCCGCCGAUGUACCGCGUCCUAUACCUCAACGUCGCCGGGCUGUAUUGGAACGCGUUCCUGUCUUAUCAGAACGUGAGGGCCACAGCCAUGGAAGCAAUCAUAAAGCAGGAGUGACCAUAAAGCAGGAGUGACCUGCCACGAGGGGAAGUACUGGCGUGGGAAUGUAGCACCCGUCCGAGUAGCGGACGCAUAGGACCAUAUCAAUAGAACUAAAAGUUAGUGGCC